UUCAAUAAACAAGAUAUUUCGCGUCUAUCUUGCGGUACCCGGUAGAAAAAGUUCUUCAUGCGGAAGACCUCCGCGGCGACAGGUGGCGCUAGCACUCCGGUUUCGCUGUUUUAAGAGCAGGAAGAAGCGAACGCGAGUAUGUGGGGGGUGCGAUGACGGAUAAGUGAAUCGUGUUUGUUUUUGUCCAUAAUUUAAUAUCAUAUAACCAUUUCUUCGUAACAUUUUGGAAGCGACGCUGAGCUGCCCGUAAAGAUGUCGAGCCGCAGCGCCUUUCACACGCAGCUUGCCUCCAUCAUGGAGGUGCUGGCAAACGCGGCCGUGGCGGAGAUCUGCCGGCUAGUGGACGAUGGUUACACGGAGUUACGCCUGGAGAUGUGCCGGUGUAAGACGGAGAACCGGGAGCUGAGGAGGCGGCUGCAAAUGGCUGGCUGCGGACCGGCAAGCGGAGUGGACCCGACGCCAGCAGAUGAAGACCAACUGGAUUUUAGCUUCAGGGAAGAUCCGCAGGCUGCCGACGCGGAUGGGACGAGCCCUCUCCGGCCUAUCCUCAUCGUGGACCAGGAAGACACAUCAGACUUGUCCAAAAUCAAAAAGGAGAUGCUGGAAGAGGAUUUGCCAAAAUCCAUAAAUAUUUGUGGCCUAAGCAUGGAGGGGCCAGAAACUGAUGUUGGUGAAUCACUCACUGAUUUUGACAGCUGUGCCUCCACCACACGGGGCACAGAAGUGUUCGGAGACCUGGAUGGGACCAGAGCCAUGGAGCUGACACACAUGGAGCUGAGUGGCCCUGGGUUGCCGGUGAUUAAGAAGGAGGCAGCUGCUGAAGCCAUGGGGGACGCAGUGCUUGGUGAAGCAGGGCGGCUCGCUCAGGACAGAGACAUGCAACUUGACGCUGAAAAGACGACAGCUACACUCCAACAGACUCAUCCUGCACGUGCGGAAAAUGCAGAAGAUCGAGCUCAGCGCCAAAGAGCCGUGUGCAGCUUUAAGGACUACCUCAAUGCUGAGGGUGUGCUCAGUGUUGCCCCCGUGAGGCAAGGAGAAGGACAUACACCCUGGGGAGGAAGCACCCAAAGGGACCAGGAGGACUAUCUGGAUUGUACAAGAAACUGUGAAACAGCAUCUGGCAUCACCCAAGGUUUCAAACGGUUGGAAAUGGAAGGCGACGAAAGGGAUUGCGGUGCGAACAGACACUUUGGGAACAGGCUCAGUGACCGUGACGCUGUUGGGCUCAAAGCAGAGCCUGAGAGACAGGCUGCAAGUCACAAUCUCCUAUACAGAACAUCCCGGCAAAGAGCAGAGGUUUUGAACAGAGGAGGCUCUGGCCGUCCACUGAUUGGCAGGAGCCUUCAUUCUGGACCCUUUGCUACGCAACAGGCCAGUGGUGCCAUGACUGAGGGUGCAGGAUGUGCAGUGGCUGGAGAUUUGGCCUCUGGAAGCCCCCAGUUCAUCAAGUGCUCACAAAUGAAGGGAUCCCACACUGCCAGUGAAAGUUUCACCCCAUCAAGCAUUGCUGGGAAAUCCGGCAGAGGCAGUUUGAAAAAGAGGCACUUUCUGUGUAUGUUUUGUGGAAAAGAUUUUGCCUAUAGAAAUGUCCUUAAGACGCACCUGAGAAUUCACACAGGUGAAAAACCAUUUAGCUGUCUGCAUUGUGGGAAGAAGUUUGCUGGUUCCAGCAAUCUGAAAAAACACCAAAAUGUUCAUACUGGAGAAAAACCAUUCAGCUGCCUGCAGUGUGGGAAAAGCUUUUCUGAUUCAAGCACCUGUAAGAGGCACCAGAGUGUCCACACUGGAAACAAACCAUUCAGCUGCCUGCAGUGUGGAAAGUGCUUCACUCGCUUAUGCUACCUUAAAAAGCACCUGAAGCAAAUCCAUCUGAUGCAUGUGCCGUUCGUAAUGGAGACAGGUUGUGAGCAUCAGAGAAUGGGCUCGGCCAGCGUCCCUGGAAUGGCUGGUGAAUACGGCCCAGCUCGGGCAGGAAAGCGCCGCUUUAAAGUGGUUUUAUUCAAACUCCUGAGCCGAAGCGGCAGUAUCGCGGGGAUCACGGUGAGACGCGCUGCUCGGGUUCCCGCAGCCACCAUGUCGGGCUGCGACCGUUUUUACGCGCAGCUCGGCUCCAUCAUGGAGGAGCUAGCCAACGCGGCCGUGGCGGAGAUCUGCAAGCUGGUGGACGAUGGAUACACGGUGCUGCGCUUGGAAAUAUCACGCAGCCAGAAGGAGAAUGAGGAGCUGAGGACGAAGCUGCGGCUGAUGGAGAUGCAGGCGUCACUGGAGCGCAGCAAGACGCCGGGAGCUCUGGAGGAAGCAGCUGAGGCAGCUCCGAAGGGCAGAGAGCCUGCAAACGGUCAUAGAGAACAACAGUCAUCAUCAGAAGAUGUCCCAGGUCUGGAGGUCAGUGGAGAUCUCGUAAUGACAGCGGAGGAGGAUGUUCGAGUGCAGCCCCUUAUACUGACGGAGUCAGUAAACCUGGAAGUCGGGGAGCAUAAGAUACUUCAGAUCAAGGAAGAGGGAGCUGAGGGGGACGAGGCCGACACUCAGACAGGGCUGAACAGCAGUAAGGAGGGUCAUAUAAAGUCAGGGACAGAUUCUGGAGAUGGGUUUACACUUUCAAAAGAUAAACAGAACAGGAGCCAGCACACAUUUCACGACUGCGACGGAUCAGAGGUCAUCCUUAAGGAAGAUCCGGAAAUGGAUGCUUUGAACCAGGGGUUUGAACAUCAUGGAUGUGAUCAUAGUGCAGGAGGCAUAGACAGCUUUGACCCUGAUUAUUUGAUGCAUGAGAAAUUACAUCAGCGGAAGUUUGUGUUGCAAGAAAAACCUGAUCUAGACGUCGCUGAUCCAUUUUGCUCAUUUGUUACCGAUGCUGGAUCAGAGAAGCUGUCAUUCCACUCAAAGCUGCUGCCAGUUUCCAGCACUCUGCAAGACGUAGGAGACGAUAUCUCUGCUUUCAAGUCAUCCCAGGGGAGGCCAACCGUACUGAGUGACUCGGUACCAGUGAGGGACUGUGAGAUGAGCUCUGAGGUGAACAGAAGGACCAGCAAAGGAAAAGUUACAAAACAUAAUGGACUGCAGACUGAUGACAAUGGCAGUGAUGUUAAUCCUUUCGAUACACUGUCAGAAAACAUGAAGCCCCAUUAUGGAGUUAGCUUGAGGGAGAAAAGGUUCUUCUGUAAAUACUGUGGUAUGGGAUUCAGUUUUCACAAUAAGCUGGAAAUGCAUGAGAGGCGUCACACCGGCGAGAAGCCCUUCAGCUGUCUGCUUUGUGAUAAGCGCUUCCGGCAGCCAAGUUAUCUGAAAGUGCACCAGAGGGUUCACACCGGCGAAAAGCCCUUCCGGUGCCAGCACUGUGGGAAGUGUUUCGGGCAGUCAGGUUACCUUAAUGUACACCAGCGAAUUCACACUGGUGAGAAGCCGUUCAGCUGCACACAGUGUGGCAAAAGCUUCACUCGCUCCAAUCAUCUUAAAAGACACCAGAGUGUUCAUACUGGAGAAAAGUCACUUAAAUUUGCAUCAUAGGGAUGCAUGGUUAGUUUCAAAAAACAUAUAGUGAAUGUACUGCAUAGGUUUCAAUCAGCUAUGUUUCUCCCAUUAAACCCUCUGAGAGAGGAGAGCAUGGGAUAUGUUCUGGUUUAAUUUGCUCUUUUUAAUCGCACUUGCUUAGUGUGGUGCGUAAUUAUAAAAAUGUGUAUGGAAAAUUCUCUCUUUAGCAUAACUAUGAAAAGGGACUGAUCAACAAAGGUGGUCUCAGAAAUUAUGGCAGCAUAGUUAUAGGGCAACGUCACUUAAGAUCAGUGGUUCUCAAAGUCGGUCCUCGGGCCCCAUUGCCCUGCUUGUUUUCUAGCUGUCCCUGUCCUACACACUGCUGAUUACCUGGAUCAGGUGUGUUCAGUCAGACAGCUGGGACUUGUGUGUGGGGCAGGGAUAACUGGAUAACAAGCAGGGCAGUGGGUCCCAAGGACCGACUUUGAGAACCACUGCUUAAGACAGAGCUCCGCCUUCCAGCCGGACCCACCGCCAUGUAUGCCAACCUUCCAUCCAUCCGUCCAUCCACCUGUCUGUCUGUCUCCCAAUCACAAGGAAGGUGGUGACCCUGGUUCCAAGUGAAAUUUGAAUUAAUUAUGCUGGAUUAAACUCCUUUAAAAAACAGCAGCAUGGUAUUUUAGACAUACUGCAUUUUAGUUGUCAUACCGAUAAAACAAAAGAAAAUUGUGAAAUAAGUUCAACCACAUUCUGUUUUGUUUAUUUUAUAAGUCACUGAAUAAGUACUAUUAUUGCAAGUCCAUGUUUUCCACAAGUUUAAACAGGUAGUGACGUAAGCAGUAAGUGAGAGCAACAUUUUAGCUAUUUGUACUGUUAUUGUAAAUUAUGAGUCAUAAUCACCCGCCCAUUUGUUAAAAGUUAUUAAAAUAAUUUUGUAUACCUGAGAGCAUCAUUAAUAAAUUAACGGAUUUACAGGU